GUGACCCGAAGAGGCCAGACGUGUAGAGCUUGAUUACGUCAAAAAUACGAGGUUAUAUAGUACUAAUCAUGAUUGAGAGUGUACAAGCUAGGCAAAGAGGAGCAUACGACUUUGGUAGUCACUAUGACAAUCUAUGUCUACUUCAGAAUACAUGUCCCCUACAUUCUGUCAAAGCACAUAUUGAGGAAGGUGUUUUAGAUGUAAAUGCUGAUAGAAUACGCCUAUCAGAUUGGACACCCUUAUUGAAUACGCUGGCCAUCAAUAAAAGUUUACAGUACAUUGGGAUUCGAAGUUACUAUCAAAAUUGUGAUGAUGAUAAAGUGUCAGAGUCCCAGAAAUAUACUGCAAAAAAGAGAGCUCCCCCUAUUAGGAGUAAAGAAGUUACUUACAGACUAUGUACAGCACUAAAAGAUUGUCUCUCAGUAUCACCUGCAUUGACCAUACUAGAGUUACAGGGACUACCCCUUAGGGAAAGAGAUCUCACUGCUCUCUCAAAGGGCAUAUCAAAGAAUAAAUCUUUAAAUCAUUUAUCUUUGGAAUACUGUAUGAUUGGUGACCAAGGUGUGCAGAUUAUAUGCCAAGGUCUCAAGAACUCUGUAACCAUUCAUUCCUUGAAUCUCACAGGGUGUUGUAUGACAUGGAAGGGAGCUGAUACGCUAGCAAAGGUCAUCAAGCACCAGGCAACCAAGAGGCACAGUGAAGCAUGGCAGGAUAGCUUAAGGUAUAGAAGACCAGAUUUAGAUAGGAUGUCUGGACUGAGGAGACUCACACUUAAUUCAAAUUCUUUGGUCAAUGAUUCAGGUGCCAUUGCCUUUGCGGAUGGACUUCGGGAUGAUCUAUGGCUCAAAGCUCUUGAUAUGCAGGGGUGUGGUAUAUCAGAUGUGGGUGCCAAGGCAUUAUUGGAUGUACUCAAAACCAACUCAACAUUAGUAGUUUUAGAUGUCAGGAAAAACCCUCUAAUUGAUAGAGAAUUACUGAAAGACGUUAUGGAGCAAGUACUCAUUAACAGUGGUGGAGAAGAGGUUGAGUAUAAAUGGCUAAAAAUGUCUUCCCCUAAAGAUCCAAGCAAGAGAGGUAAAUCACGAAAGAAGACGAAGACACUGAACAGUACGUUUGGUAGAAAAACAACCAUCAGGUUGCGUUCAGGUGCAUCUAAGACGCAUGGUAAAACAGUGGCAUGCAUUCGGUCAGCAAACAGGCAUUCCGGAUACUCGCCACCAAAUGUCAGUAAACCUGGACCUGGGUUCAUUCCGUGGAGGACUGCUGCUAGAGCUAGUAGACACAGGGGAUUUCCACAUGACCGAGAGCCAGGAGAAUUAUCUUUUGAGGCAAACUGUGAGACCUCCACACCAGAUAUGUCAUCUGUUGUUAUCAACCGUACAAGUACACCAUCAGACAUGGACACUGAGAUGUCAACGCCUAUCACAAGUAUGAGAUUAUUACAACACGAUAGAGAUACAAUAGAUCACAAAGAUGACUCAAGAUUUAUUAUCAAAGACAUGAAAGUAGAGCUUGAAGAAUUAAGAAGGCGACUUUUUGUUGAGAGUAGAACCCGUGCUGCAGCUGAUAGCAGAAUAAUUGAGUUGGAAGUUGAAAACAGUCGUCUAAAACAUCAGAUUCAUUUGAUGGAAGCCCGAGGACCAUCAUCACCAUUUAGAAGCAAACCCACAAAAAGUGGCAUAGGAGCAGAUGACUUUGAAGAUGACACUGUGUUAGACAGUAUAGAGGCCUCAUUCAAUAAAUUUCAUGCAUUUCUUGAUCUACUCAGAGAUGCUGGUCUUGGUCAGCUGUGUACUCUGGUUGGCUUAUCGCCUGAAGACAUCAUGAGGCCUGGAGUAGCAUCCAUACUACAACAGUAUCAACCACAACCAACCCAUCCAGUAUUGCACCAACCACAACCAAUCCAUCCAGUAUCACACCAACCACCCCCUCCACCACCAGCAUCACAUCAACCCCCUCCGCCUGUUGCACCCACGGAGGCUUGGAUUCGACAACCAACAAAAGAAGACGCCGCCACUCAAGAAAAACAAAGAAACACUGACACAGAUCAGGUGGGAGGAAAACAAAACAACUUUGGGAAGCGAGAUGAUGAAGCUAAUGUUGUCAAGGCUGGGUAUGAGGAGGAUGGGGUGGGCAAUCAUGAGUUAGCUAGGGGGGGCCUCGAGGAGGAGAUCAUCGACUCGUUACAAGAGGGGCUCACUCCUCAGCCCAUUGUGAUUGAGGAAGAGAGACAUCAAACAGAACAAUAG